AUGUAUCUUUCAUUACCAUCGUUGUCGCUGGCCCUCCAAGCCCUUUCCUCCCUUACCGGCCGCCGCCAGGAGCACGGAUUAGACCCGCACAAGCGAUACAACCCUACAUCACAGCAUGCGAAGGUCGAUGCAGCAUAUAUCAGACGCCAAAUACCGCACCCCGAGCCCGAAGAUCCUAUGCCAGAGCCCGUAGAGGAAACUUCCACCACCAGCGCCAGCUCGAGAUAUAUUUACACCCUCUUUAUACCCUCGCCAUCAGCCCCACCUAUUGCCAUCACAAAGCAAAGCCAGGUGGAGACGUCUUGGGUCCCCCAAAUCACGAUCUGUGUGCUUCCGCCUCUUGCGUUCUUUGCCGAGACACACUCCACGUUCAGCACGGUUACCUCCGGACCACCAUAUAGAAAUUACUCGAUAUCAACUCCGCCCGGCAAUGGAACAUGCUUCACAGAAUACAGCCCUACACUCACCACAAUAUGCGCAACCGUGCUUAAUGGCCUUGCUAGCCGGGUUACAGUCUCCGAAUGUAAUCAGGAGAUCACCUUCUCUAGCCACUCCGACGCGCAUCUGGAAUCGACAACACCGUUCGUCUCCGACGGUGCGCUCAUUACACCCGCGCCAACCAUUCGGCUCGUAACAACCUAUUACAGAGCGCCAUGGCAAGCCCUCACGACUGCCGGUCCUCCCUCAGACGUCGACGUCACAAUCUGCAGCAUCGUCGACGGCGAGGAGCAGUGUCUUGAUAUAGAGGAAGUCUGGGAAGUCAAGAUCGUUACUGUAACCAGCACCCUCACCACUACGGUCGACCUCUCGACCACGAUUACCGGACCGGCGAUGAUCAUGGUGGAGACGUAUCAGGCCACUGUGACUAAGAAGUUGACGAUGUUCAGCCUCUCGACGGAGCUAGUGCUGCAUUACGAAAUCGAGAAAGAGACGACUAUGCACAGCAAUAGGACGGAGGCGAGAACGACUACAGAGCCCCCGGCCACGCAGACGUUGACGCUGGAGUAUGCGCCGGGAUAUUCGCCGGGUGCACCGGGCGAGUAA